UACACACGCACGCACAGGAAGUUUUGUCUUGGAGAUGGCAUUGCUGGGAGCAAUGUUCUCGUGAUCUUCAGACCCCGGGUUCUUUUGUAUACACGUUUAGUUUGCCUUUUCUAAUUGGGUAGGGUAGUGGAAGCAAACCGAAAGUCUUGGGGUGGGGGAAGUGAGUGGAGGCUGCAAACGACUGAGGAGUCGCCGGAGUUGAGGGAUCCACGUUGAAGACUAUUGCCCAGAAGAAAAGAUGUUUGGUUUUCACAAGCCAAAGAUGUACCGAAGUAUAGAGGGCUGCUGUAUUUGCAGAGCUAAGUCCUCCAGUUCUCGAUUCACUGACAGUAAACGCUAUGAAAAGGACUUCCAGAGCUGUUUUGGGUUGCAUGAGACUCGUUCAGGAGACAUCUGUAAUGCCUGUGUCCUGCUUGUGAAAAGAUGGAAGAAAUUGCCAGCAGGAUCAAAAAAAAACUGGAAUCAUGUGGUAGAUGCAAGGGCAGGACCCAGUCUGAAGACAACAUUGAAACCAAAGAAAGUGAAAACUUUAUCUGGAAACAGGAUAAAAAGCAACCAGAUCAGUAAACUACAGAAGGAAUUCAAACGUCACAAUUCUGAUGCUCACAGUACCACCUCAAGUGCCUCCCCAGCUCAGUCUCCUUGUUAUAGUAACCAGUCAGAUGAUGGCUCAGAUACAGAGAUGGCUUCUGGCUCUAACAGAACGCCAGUUUUUUCCUUUUUAGAUCUCACGUACUGGAAAAGACAGAAAAUAUGUUGUGGGAUUAUCUAUAAAGGCCGUUUUGGAGAAGUCCUCAUUGACACACAUCUAUUCAAGCCUUGCUGCAGCAAUAAGAAAGCAGCUGCUGAGAAGCCGGAGGAGCAGGGGCCAGAGCCUCUGCCCAUCUCCACUCAGGAGUGGUGACUGAGGUUUAGGUAGAAGGGGAACAAAAAAACGAUUUAAAUUUUGGAAAGAAAACAAAGCAACAAAACCCUCCUAUUUUUAACUUGGAUACCUGCUAUUCUGCCAAAAGACACUUUCUAGAAUAGUUUUGAAUGGGUUGUUAUUUCUCCUCCAGUUCCACAAACUCUGAAGCCAGUGUCUAGCUUACUAAAAGAAAAAAAAGUGUACAUAAUAUUUAAGAUGCUGAGUAUUUCAUAGGAAAGCUGAAUGCUGCUGUAAAGUGCUCUUUAAGUCUUUUUUUUUUUUUUUUUAUCCCCUUCUAAUGAAUGAAUCUAGGGGAAUUUCAGGGGACAGAGAUGGGAUUUGUUGUAUGAUAAACGUAUGUAGUUUUAGUCUUUCUAUAUUGAGAAGCAGUGGUUGGGGCAUUUUUAAGAUGGCUGGCUAUACUUGUUUUCCUUCCUGAUAAUAAAUUUGUCAUAACUCAGUAACGUGGACUUGCCCCAAGAGGUAGUUGUUCAUAAUUUAAGGUCUUGCCAAGGUUCUGAUGAUUCAAACCUGUACUACUGAAUAUUAAGCAGGACAGACUAAGCUCUCUGGUGCAAAUGCCUUGAAGGAGUAGUUUCUAAACAUACAGAGAGGUAACUUGAGUGUGUAUGUUGCAUCCUCUGUCACCUCCCUCCAUAUUCAUUUUUGAUAAAGAUUUUAAUCUAUAUUGAAACUUCUAAAGCAGAAUCAAAGCUCCUCUGGGGAAAUGUCAAGUUUUAGGAUGAGCAAUCCUAAAUGAAGAGAACCAAAGCAUUACCGCAUGGUAGAGAUCACAUUCUAUUAAAAAUGUUAAAUUAUCUUUAAAACUGUACAAGUCUUCAGGAUGGCACACACAAAAAAACAAAGGUUAAUGCUUCUUGGGGCACAUUUCUUAGAGGGCUUGCCUAGUGUGUAAAUAAUUGACUUUUGUUUGUGUUACAUGACUGGUGACUUCAUUGAAAAUCUGCGCAAUUCAGUUUUAGCUCUGGAUUACUUCAGUUGACCUUUGUGAAGGUUUUGUCUGUGUAGAGUGGUUGUUUGACUGGUUUUAACCUAUUAGGGUUUGGGGUUUUUUUUUUUUUGUUUGUUUGUUUCCCACUCUAUAUUAAAGUAAAAUUCUAAAAGAAAAGAGGUGUGUGUUAAUGCUGAGUGGGCUGGUUUAGGUUUGACUUCUUUUAGUCAGGCUUUAUGAACAUUGAGAUGUUAGAUGAUGCAUCCUGAACACGGAGCUCUUCGAUUCCAAAAUCUUCAUUUGAAGCCUUUUUACUUGAACCCAAACCAAAGUACUGUCAUUGCCUCUUUUUUAAACGUUCAGGAAUAACCUAUCACCGGUUCAGACUUCUCAUAAUUAGGGAGGAUCAUUUGCCUACCUUAUAAUAACAUGACUCAGUGCUUAUUUUUAAAACUGGAUUUUAAAAAUUAGAUAGUAUAAAAGUAAGGAGUGAGCCACUUUUUACGGGCACCAUAUAGUUUUAUAAUUCUUAAUCUAAACUUAAAAUUUUAUAUUUCUUCCUUAUGGCAAAAACUACAAGCCACCAUGUGCACAGAUUACACCGUGAGUUGGGUUGGCUAUCCCACAGCCUCUGAGGUGAAUUACAAGAGUCCCAGCCAUUAUCAUCUUCCUCCUGUUGUUUUGAAAUGGUUUUUUUCUUUUUUUUUUUUUUGUACAUUUUGGCUACAGUAUUGGUGGUAGAAUAUACUAUAAUAUGGAUCAUCUCUACUUCUGUAUUUAUUUAUUUAUUACUAGACCUCAACCACAGCCUUCUUUUUCCCCUUCCACCUCUUUGCCUGUAGGAUGUACUGUAUGUAGUCAUGCACUUUGUAUUAAUAUAUUAGAAAUCUACAAAUCUGUUUUGUACUUUUUAUACUGUUGGAUACUUAUAAUCAAAACUUUUACUAGGGUAUUGAAUAAAUUUAGUCUUACUAGAAAAUAAAAGAAGAUGUUUUGUGGCUUUGUUGAAAAGGUGUUCUUAGGUAAGAAUGUUUUUGACCUUCACAGAUAUGCAGUUUUAACCCUUUCGUAUUAUAACAAGCCCUGAGAGAAAAAGGCCUCUUUACCGAGAGAUACUUUAAAAUAAAAGACGUUUUAAUUGACAUGCCCAAUAAUUGACCUAGUAGAUAAGAUGAUUUUAACAAUGAAGGAUAAAGUCUCUUCAACGGUUCGUUGGUUUACUUCGUUUCUAUUUUAUUUUAACUUAAUUUUAUUACUUUUUAAAUGUUUCCAGUGUUUUAAGGUCUGUGUUGUGGUUUUAUUAUUACUGUCUAUGGGCAUAGUGGGAAUCGUCAUUGAGACUUUAAAGAAAUUAUAAAAAUUGGUUAUAGGGAAAGCUGGAUUUGGGCAUUGGGGUCAGACCUGGUCUCUGAUGUCUGGCUUUGCCCCUUUAUUAGCCAUUUGAGUCUCUUUGCAUUUGUGAGCCUCCAAACUUCUGUAAAAUCAUUUACUUUCCAGAAUUAUUUACUUUAUAGAAUUAUGAGGAAUCUAAAGGGAUGUAUGUAAUCCAUAUCAAAGUUUUAAAAACAGAUUGCUUAUUAGUUGGGAAAAGUGGAUCCUGUGGGCCAAACUUUCUGUACUAUUGUUAGGGCUUAAAUUUGCUUUGGGAUCUUGCAGAUGAUUUGCCAGUACCUAAUUUAGUUAACGGUGAAGUUACCAAGUUACCCUGAAGUUAAGCUCAGGUUGUCAGCAGCAUCUGUGUCCUGUGGCUUUAGGAUGGAGAGUUCAGAUUCCUUAUUGGCUGUAGGGCCCCUUGGCUCAUUACCACCUGGGUUCUCCUGACUUGGCCGCUUGGUGCAUGGAGCCAGCAGGUCUCCAGAGCCAGUUUGCUGGUGAGUUGGAGUGUCCUCAGGUCCUUCCCACAUUCUAAUGAAGAGGGUUACACAAUGAACACCAUGAGGUGGGGUGUGGGGCCCAUGAGGAACAUCUUAGAGUGUUGCCUGCCACAGCACCUCAUUUUCUUUUCUAACUUGAAAUUGGGCCUCUUUGCCCUACAUUACAAGUGCUUUCUGUAGCAAGUACAAAAAAAAAGUUCUCCUACGGUGGGUCAGGCACUUUUAAACAUUGUUUAAACAACUUUGCAAAGUUUAGAAAAAAACACAAACCUGUUCACAGGUGAGUAAGUAGAGGUGCAAGAAGGUCAUGUAACUUAAAUAAAAUCAACUUUCCUGAUUCCAAAGCCUUUGCUGUCUGAAUCGGCCCCCGUCUCUGCUGUCUUAACCUGCAUUUGGAGGUGGUCACCUUGCUCUCUUGAAGGAUGAAAAUGGGAGGCAAGUUUUACCCUGGCUGAGAGGUUAGCUGUUAACUGUCUAAAUCCGUUGUUCAAGUUUUGUUUCUUAAGUUUGAUGUUGUGCCUAUUAAUACACUGUCUUUUUGUGUAGAAAAUAGUCUUCAGGCAGUUUAGUGAAACAACUGGGUAUUCUAAAAAUAAAUGAAGGUGUCCAAAGCUAA